CCCUCUGCACAAUCUCUCCUCUUGCACCACCUCACUGCUACAGACACCCUCUGCGACCAUGUCUGUCAGAGCCAUGAAGACCACCACCUUCUCCACUGUGUCGUCCUCCAGGGGCCCAUCCCAGGGCUUCAGCAGCCGCUCCUUCUCUGGCUAUGGUACACGUGGUGUGGGUAGUGGCAGGCAGAACUACGCUGUCCGCAGCUCUUAUGGGGGAGUGGGCAGCAGUGGUGCUGCUGUGGGCACUGGGGGGUUUAAAGUGGUUGGUGGGUAUGUUGCUGGAGGGUCUGGACAAAGAGGAAGUGGAGUAGAGUUUGGCUAUGUGGGCUUCGGUGGAGGUAUGGGAGGUGGCAUGGCCAAUGAAGUGGUGGCCCCCAUCACUGCGGUGACCGUGAACAAGAGCCUGCUGGCCCCCCUGAACCUGGAGAUUGAUCCCACUAUCCAGGUGGUCCGCACCCAGGAGAAGGAGCAGAUCAAGACCCUGAACAACCGCUUUGCUUCCUUCAUUGACAAGGUACGUUUCCUGGAACAGCAGAACAAAAUGCUUGAGACCAAGUGGAAACUUCUGCAGGAACAGACCACGUCUCGCUCCAACAUUGAUGUCAUGUUCGAAGCCUACAUUGCCAACUUGCGUAAGCAGCUGGACAACCUGGGACAUGAAAAAGUCAAGCUCGAGUCCGACCUGCAUCAGAUGACGGGCCUGGUUGAGGACUUCAAAAACAAGUAUGAGGAUGAGAUCAACAAGCGCAAUGAGUGUGAGAACAACUUUGUCCUCACAAAGAAGGACACUGAUGCAGCCUACAUGGUCAAAGUGGAGCUGGAAGCCAAACUGGAUGGGCUCUCCGAUGAGAUUGAGUUCCUGAGGCAGAUCUUUGACGCAGAAAUCCAAGAGCUACAGGGACAGAUCAAGGACACCUCUGUUGUGGUGGAGAUGGACAACAGCCGUAACCUUGACAUGGAUGCCAUCGUUGCGGAGGUGCGCGCCCAGUAUGAAGACAUUGCCAACCGUAGCAGAGCCGAGGCCGAGUCGUGGUACCAGACAAAGUAUGCAGAGAUGCAGCAGUCAGCAGGUAGAUACGGUGACGAUCUGAAGUCGACCAAGGCUGAGAUCGCUGACAUGAACCGCAGGAUAAUGAGGCUCCAGUCUGAAAUUGACAUGGCUAAAUCACAGCGGAACAGUUUGGAAGGUCAAAUCGCAGAGGCUGAGGAGCGAGGAGAGCUGGCAGUGAAGGACGCCAAACUCCGCAUCAGAGACCUGGAGGAAGCUCUCCAGAGAGCCAAGCAGGAUAUGGCGAUGCAAGUGCGCCAGUACCAGGAACUGAUGAAUGUGAAGCUGGCUCUGGACAUCGAGAUCGCCACCUACAGGAAGCUGCUGGAAGGAGAGGAGGACAGGUUAGCAGCCGGAAUCAAGACCACUGUAUCCAAACAGACGUCUGUGAACUACAGUGCCUACGGCCUGGAGAGCUCCCGCACCCCGUCCUACACCAGCUGCUCCUUUGGUGGAGUCAAGGCCAGCAGCGGUUCUUUCGCUGCCCCAGAGGGAGCAGCGGUGAAGAGCACCACAGUCACCAAGACGGAAACUGUGGUGAUCAAGACGGAGGAGAAGAAGGAGGAGGAGGAGAAGCAGGAGGAGGUGGAAGCUCAGGCAGCGAUCGAGGAGCCGGCCGCCGUGGAGGAGAAGGAGCAGGAGCAGGUGGAGGCUGAAGCUGUUCCUGAGGAGUGAUGCUUUGUGUUCGGAUGUUGGUCUUUAAAGAAACACACACACUCUGCUCUAUUACCCAGUUCUUUACUGAUUCAUUCACCAAGGUGCCUUCACCUAAUAAUAGGUGUGUUUCUACUGUCAGCGGUGUAAACACAGCUUUCCUUCACAUAUCCUUCAUGAAGAGGUGGACGGGUCUGUGUUCAGGUUUCUGAAAACUCUCACUGUAGGUUAAUAAGUUCUUUACUGUCAACUGUAGUCCGAGUCACUGCUCGUGGUUCAGUGAUCACUGCACCACACCUGUUUCGACAGCAGGUGGCACUAUUGUAUGUGUUUUCCUCUGCUGCUCCAUCCAGCUGUUUGACCAACUUGAAGCACUGCACAUCCACCUAUGACACACAGCUGAUAGGAGCAGUUUGGGAAAAAUGAGCCAUCGCCAUGCUGAUCUUCUUAUACUAAACCUGCUGUACCUAAAUAGUUAAGUAAGAAGACAGCCAGUCACAAAAGUCCUCUUCUACUUAAGUAUAUCUUUUUUCAGUGCACCACUGUUGGCAACACCCGAAGUCCUCUUUGCUCGGCAAUAAAUCUUCUUCAAAAAGU